CCGACGCCAUUUGUAAAUAAACGAACACAAACCGAAAGUAGAUUUCACAGUAAAGAAGCGAAGGACCUUGAAUGAAAUGCAAUAUGAUAGAGGAUUGAAAACCGGAUACCAAAAUUUCUGAAAUGGCAGAGGAACAAAAAAGGAAUACCAAAAUUUCUGAAAUGGCCGAGGAACAAAAACCGACUACCAAAGUCCUUGUGGCUGCCAUUGACUUCGGUACGACAUACUCGGGCUAUGCCUUCUCAUUCAAAGAUGAAUACCUAAUGGAUCCCACUAGAAUCAUGACCAACACUACUUGGGUGGCUGGACACAAGAACUUAUUUUCUCAGAAAACCCCUACUUGUAUUUUGCUGAAACCCGACAAAUCUUUUCAUUCCUUUGGGUACGAAGCUGAGGAUGCAUAUACUGAUCUUGCCAACGAAGGUAAACAUCGCCCAUGGUAUUUCUUCCGAAGAUUCAAGAUGAUGUUACACGAUAACAUGACGUUGAACCGUGACACGGAAAUCCCAGACGACAGCGGUACAAAGAAGCUUUCCGCCAUGACAAUAUUUGCCCAUGGCAUACGGUAUUUAAGAAAUCACCUUCUAAAGCAUAUAAAGAAAAAAGGACUGGACAGCUUGGUGGACGAGAAUUACAUUCAUUGGGUUUUGACCAUUCCUGCUAUUUGGAACGACAGAGCUAAGCAAUUUAUGAGAGAGGCGGCAAGGGAGGCAGGGAUAAGAAGUGAGAGUCUGAGCCUCGCUCUGGAACCGGAAGCAGCUGCUUUGUAUUGCAGAAUAUUACCUCUGGAGAGACAAUCCACAGAAAGCUCAACACAUUUGUCCAUGUUUAAGCCAGGAACUCGCUAUAUGCUGUUGGAUAUGGGAGGAGGGACCGUUGAUGUAACCAUUCAAGAAGUUCUUCCCGAUAACACACUGAAAGAACUACAUAAAGCCAGCGGAGGGGCUUGGGGAGGGACCAAAAUUGACGAAGCAUUCCUCCAAAUGAUCAUAAGUAUUGUUGGAAAUCCAGUCAUGAUGGAUUUCAAGAAAAAACAUCCUGCCGAUAACCUUGAAAUGAUUCGGGAAUUCGAAACUAAAAAGCGAUCCGUAACCACCAAUACCAACGACAAAUUAAAUUUUCGAGUCCCUGUAACUUUGAUUGAUAUUUUUGAAGAGGAAUAUGAAGAAGACCUCAAAUCGACAAUAUCUCAGAUGCGAUAUAAAGACAAAAUGAUAUGCACUGGGGACAAAUUUCGUAUGAGUGGGGAAAUGGUUCACGGUCUCUUCAAAAACAGUUGUGAAAGUGUUGUCGACCAUGUGAAAGGCCUGAUUGCUCAUCCUCUUUGCAGCGGGGUAGAAACCAUUUUGAUGGUUGGUGGAUUUUCCGAGUGUAAAAUUAUUCAGCAAGCGAUAAAAAACAAUUUUCAAGAUAAGAGGGUCAUCAUACCUGAGGACGCUGGGCUGGCCAUUGUUAAAGGGGCAGUACUCUUUGGACAUAACCCCAAGAUGAUCGUGUCCAGAAAAACGAAAUGGACUUACGGUGUUCAGUCCAAUAGAAAUUUCGAGCCGGGAGAUCCGUUGGAGAAAAAAUUCAGAGUUGGGGGCAUUAACAAGUGUAAAGAUAUUUUUAGCGUCCAUGUGGGUAUCAACGAAACCGUGGAAGUGGGAACCCCCCUUGAACCUCGUUAUUAUAGCCCUUUACACAAAGAUUCAGAAACAGUCGACAUCCCAAUUCACAUUUCAUCGGAGAGAUAUCCGAAAUAUACCACUGAUUCAACUUGCUCGUAUGUCGGUAAACUGACGAUAGAUGUGGAAAAAUCAAACAAUGACAGAGAAAUUGAAGUCAAAAUGACCUUUGGUGGAACAGAGCUGAUUGUUGAGGCUACUGAAUCAGGGAAACCACGUGUCGCGAGAUUUGACUUCCUUGAGCCAGAUCAAAAGAACUCAGAACAAACCCUCACCAAAGACUGAAUAAUUACAUGCACAGUUUACCGCAAGCCAGAUAUUUAGUUAUGCAUUGAGAGAGAGAGAGAGAGAGAGAGAGAGAGAGAGAGAGAGAGGUGUUAUUGGGCACAGAAUUUUAUUUUAUGCAGUGUAUGUCAUUCAGUUUUAAUUAUUCUCUCAACAUGUGCGUUAAUUUUAUAACCCGUUGACUUUGAAGCUUUGUUGAACUACAUGGCAUUCUCCAGCCCAUGCGAUGCAGAAUGAUAAUUUGCUAUGUUUAACUCAUCAAAUAAACUUUCAUUCUUUAUGAUAUGGAAAGCUUUA